UCGAUACAAGAGAAUGUCACUUCCGGAACGAGAUUCAAACAAUAAACAAACAAUAAUUUUUGAAUUUUAAAAUGACCGAAAAUUUACUUUUAGACGACAGAACAAUGCUUAUGUUUAUUGAGAAGGAGAGGCUUAAGACGUUUAAAGGAUGGCCAAAUGAUAGUUCUUGGCACUGUACUCCAGAAAAGCUUGCACAAGCUGGAUUUUACUUCAGCCCAUGUUCUGAUUGUCCUGACAAUGUGUGCUGCAUAUUCUGCCUGAAAGAAUUAGAUGGGUGGGAGCCAGAUGAUGAUCCAGUCAAAGAACACACAAAGCAUUCACCCAAAUGUCCCUUUUUGACUCUGAAGAAGCCAGUUGAAAAUCUUACCACCACUGAAUUUGUAAAAUUAGCCAUGGAAAUAUUGAUGAUAAAGACCGAGAAAAUUUUUGACAAAAAUAUCAAGGAGUUUGAAGAGCAAGGCAAGGUGAACAGAAGUGCAAUAACAGAUCACAUAAAUGGAAACUAAUGUAAAGAACAUGACUCACACUUGUAUAUACUUGCCUUUGUUCCUAAUGCAUUUUAAAAAUAAAACCUUGUAUACAAUAAUUGGUUGAGUUGUCACAGUGCCUAAUACUUUUUGCCUUACGUUAUCAGCAUCACAUUUAUACAAUACAUUUUUUUACAUUCAUCAUGUCCUAAUCAACAUCUGGUAUUGAAGUAUCGCUUUUGUAAUAAUUACUUUGGCAAUCAUAUAAUGAGGACCACCACUAUUCUUUACCUAAUUAUUUAACUUUUCGUUGCUGUGAAUUUUGUAUUAAAUAAAACCAAUACUUUUUA